AUGGACGACAAGGAGCUUUUCGACGCUGAGCUCGAAGAGCUUGAACUCGAGCAGCGUCAACUUGACCUCGAUCGUAAGAGGCUGCAACUUCGGCUGCGGCGCGCCAGGCCGGAUAGUCAAGUCCAAGAGAAGGCGCACGCAGUUGAUGAAGUCACAGGAGCUGGGCGAGUCACGGCAGGCACUGAACAAUUCUCUAAUCUAGGUCGAGGUGAGGCGACUGAGAUCUCGACUGCCGGCAACCGACAUGCUGAGCGAGAAGUCGACCUUCCCUUGCCUCUGGUGGAGCAAGCUGACCCCGCCGGUCAUUCAUCAAAGCAGUACCCUAGCGGAGCGAAGGCCAGCACUUCGCCAGUGGCCAGGCUGAGCUCUUCACCAGGCAUGCUGCACCCAAGCACCCAGUUGACAGACUCCAGCCGUUUGUCUCAUCCAGAAUCAGCAGUCCCAUCUUUCGCCACCUCGCCCAAAUAUCUCUCGAGCUCCCAGACUACCUCACGAUCGAUGCCGGCUCUUUAUUCGCAACAGGAUGGUCUCGGCCACGUUCCAGCAAUGUCUCAGCACAAGCGAGAACGCAGUCCCGGAAGCGAAGACGGCGAUUGUGUGAAGAAGAAUUGUAUUCCCAGGGACAGAAACGAGAAGUGGACAAACGAUACACAAUACCAGGGCGAGGGCAACAAACUGCCACCCAAGGUCCAGCAUCUGCCCGAGCACCAGGCCUCGGCCAUCAUUCGCAAAUAUGGAGAACGGCUCGUCCAGCGACACAUGCAAUCUUUCCGCAGACACGGACGGCGGGAAGCAAACGAGAUAAUCAAGGCAGGCUCGGAGAUCGUCGACGGGCUGGUUAAGAAGAAGUUCAAGAGCCCCGAGGAACUGCACGAAGAAUACGAUCGCCAAAUCCGAUUGUGCUGCACAAGGGACCUCCAGAAACUCCUCAUAUUUGAGCUGCAAAAGUUCCGCCGAGCAGCCCCGACUUGGUGGAUGGAGUGCGUGAAGAUGAAGACGCAAAAUCAGAGGUUCGAGAACGUGGCAAAGUUGUUUCAGGACGUCGGCGCAGGCGUCUUCGACUAG